AUGUUUGAUUUUCUCUCCAUCAAGCAUGACCCUAACAAGAGCUCUAGAAAUAGCGUUAACUCUUCGUCAAGUCUAAAAAGAAUCCCAUCAGCAUCCGACAAUAUCGAUAUCAAGAAGAAGAACCUGCAAGCCAAGAUAUUCUCCCUAUAUCGCAUAGCCUGGCUUGGCAUCUAUCAAAUCCAUGACGAGCACGGUCGAGAUCAUGUCACUAGAUUAGCCGAGCUCUUUAUCGGCGCAGGAAUGUCUUCUUAUGUGGACAAGUCCGAACAAGAAUUCAAUGAUCGUCACGGGAACAACCCAAGAAGAUAUACCGGGGCGGAAAGCCGUUUCUUAAACCCUCUAGGGUUAGCUCUGCAGAAGAAUGGACUCAAGAGCUUAAAGUUGUUCGAGGGAAUAUCCGUCGCGUCGCUAGAGGCAGUGAUUGAGUUGCUAGAAGCCUACGUGAAAGAGGUUACUGCAGUUAAUGGCUUGUACCAAUUGCUCCGCGAACUCCAGGUGGGGUUUCGCACUCCAACGGAAGAUGACGAACAGGCUGUCCUGGAGCGGUUCAUCCCUGUCGCGAAUCAGUUUGCGAAACGGCUUCUGCAUCUUGAUGCCAGAUUGAAGGUUCUGGUUUCGGACAUGGAGGAUGAGUUUUGGAAUGAGUACGGGGCAGUCCAGGACCGGGAGGGGUGGGUUGUGCACAAUGCGCUCUUUCCGUCUUUUUUGGGACGUGGUAAGAAGAUGAGCCUGAUGUCUUCUAUGAAAGCUUGA